AAGCUGUUUUCGUUCAAGGCUGCGACAGAAGCGCUUGAAAAAUUGUUUCCAUCGCGCGCUCAGGGGCCCUGGGGAUCGGAAAACAACAGCCGGAAGGCCGAAGUCGACGACAAGCGCCAAGACUGAACACAUCAGUCCGCCAGGGGUGUGAGUGGGUAUACGGAUCUUCGCACGGAUCCUGCGACGAUGGCGUCGGCCCCUCUGCUGCAGAACGACACCCUCGCGCCGGCCUCUGCCCCGCCGAAGGGGCCGGUGCUUGGCGUGCUGAGCGAGGAGUUCAGCCCCGACGUCAAGAGGGAGGACGAUGCAAGUGGAGACCAGCGCGUGAGCCUGGUGCCCGACGUCGCGGCCGCGCUGAUGAAGGACGGGUACUCCGUGGCCGUGCAGACGAUGGCCGGCUUCUACGCCGGUUUCACGGACGAGGCCUACGCGGAGGCCGGGUGCCAGGUGCUGUCGCGCGAGGAGGUCAUCGCCAGGAGCGACGUCCUCUUCGCCAUCGCCCCCCCGGUGCGCUCGUUCGGGUCCAUGCGCGGCAAGGUCCUCGUCUCGUGGGUCGGCCGCCUCCAGGACAGUGGCAAGGCCCUGGUGGAGCAGGCGAACAAGGCGGGGGUCACCCUCAUGGACGUCACGGCGGUCCCCCGCAUCACCAUCGCGCAGAAGCUGGACGUGCUCAGCUCCCAGGCGAAGGUCGCGGGCCACCGCGCGGUGAUCGAGGCCACGCACGCGUUCAGCCGCUUCCACACCGCCGAGAUGACGGCGGCGGGCAAGUACCCGCCCUCGCAGACCUUCGUGCUCGGGUGCGGGGUGGCGGGCCUGGCCGCCAUCGGCACCUCGAAGGCGCUGGGCUCGGUGGUGAAGGCCUGGGACGUCCGGGACGUGUCGGACCAGUGCCAGUCCAUGGGCGCGAAGUGGGUGACCGUGGACUUCAAGGAGGACGGCGCGGGCACCGGGGGCUACGCCAAGGAGAGCUCCGACGCCUUCAAGCAGGCCCAGCAGGAGACCUUCCGGAGGGUGCUCAAGGACACGGACAUCGCCAUCACCACCGCCGCCAUCCCGGGCCGGCCGUCGCCCCUGCUGAUCACCAAGGAGGCCGUGGCCUGCAUGAAGCCGGGGAGCGUCAUCGUGGACCUCGCCGCGGUCGGGGGCGGCAACUGCGAGCUGACCCGGAAGAACGAGAAGUACGAGACCGUGAACGGCGUCACGAUCAUCGGGUACACCGACCUCCCUGCCCGGAUGGCGGCGCAGUCCAGCGCCAUGUACGCCCAGAACAUGGCCAACCUGCUGAAGCACAUCCACGCGAAGGACAAGGCCGCGGGGCUCCUGAAGAACAUGCACGCGCACCUCGAGGCCGGGGAGUCUGGCGACAUCGUGACGCGCAGCGUCGUCUGCUGCGUCGGCGGCAGGAAGGUGCAGAUGCCGCCGCCGCCGCAGCCGACCCCGGUGAAGCCGAAGGUGGCGCCGGCCGCGAGGCAGCAGAAGGAGGCCACGUCGCCGCUGAAGGCCGCGGUCGUCAGCUCGCUCGUCCUCUGCCUGGGCGUGCUGCUCAUGCUGGCGCUCGGGGAGGGCGUGAAUGUGUCGCUGCUGACCACGUUCCUGCUCGCCGGCGCCGCGGGCUACCAGGCCGUGUGGGGCGUCGCGCACGCCCUGCACACGCCGCUGAUGUCCGUGACGAACGCCAUCUCGGGCAUGACCGCCGUCGGGGGCGUGCUCCUGAUGGACAGGUCGCCGCUGUACUCGGGGCCGUGGGUCAUCGCGGCCGUCGCGGUGAUGGUCUCCGCGGUGAACAUCUUCGGCGGGUUCGUCGUGUCCCAGCGGAUGCUCGACCUCUUCAGGAAGGAGGGGGAGAAGAGCUACUCCGCCCUGAUGCUGUCGCCGGCCCUCAUCUUCCUCGUGCUGUCCGUCACGCGCCGCGAGCUCCUGGGCCCCGUCAGCGUCGUCUCCGCCCUCCUGUGCGUCGCGGCCAUCGGCGGCCUCGCCAGCUUCAAGACCGCGGAGGCGGGCUGCAAGUUCGGCAUGCUGGGCGUCUUCGGCGCGCUCGUGGCCACCAUGGUGCCGGUCCGCGGCGACAACCUCUGCUGGGCCCUGGGCCUCCUGGCGCUGGGCGGCGCCCAGGGCCUGGUGGUGGGCAGGAGGGUGAGCCCCAUCGCCCUGCCGCAGACCGUCGCGGCGUUCCACUCCCUGGUCGGCUUCGCCGCGACCGCCACCUCCAUCGGCUCCUUCUACGUCCACCCGGAGGCGGGGGCGAGCAUGGAGAACAUCGCCGCCGUGCUCGGGGACUUCAUCGGCGGCGUCACGCUCACCGGCAGCAUCAUCGCCUUCGGCAAGCUGAACGGGAACCUCAAGUCGACGCCGCUGAGCCUGCCGGGGAAGAACCUCCUCAACCUGGGCGGGCUCUGCGGCUUCCUCGCCCUGGGCGCCGUGUUCCUGCAGCGGGGGGACGGCGUCUUCGGCGUGCAGCUGCUGCUCGCCGUGGCCGUCCUCGCGUGCCUGAUGGGCGUGCACCUCGUGGGCUCCGUCGGCGGCGGCGACAUGCCCGUGUGCAUCACGGUGCUGAACUCCUACUCCGGCUGGGCCCUGGUGGCCGAGGGCUUCCUCCUCAAGAGCACCGUGCUGACCAUCGUCGGCUCGCUCAUCGGCUUCAGCGGAGGCAUCCUCACCAAGAUCAUGUGCGACGCCAUGAACCGCGACAUCUUCAACGUGCUCUUCGGCGGCAUCAACAACAAGCCCGUGGCCAAGGCGGGGGACGCCGGGCCGAAGGAGCACGUGGAGACCAGCGUGGCGGCCGUCGCCCAGAUGCUCGUGGACGCCAAGGAGGUGCUCAUCGUGCCCGGCUACGGCAUGGCGAUGGCGCGCGCCCAGGGCUCGAUCGGGGAGCUGGCGAACCUGUGCCGCAGCAACAAGAUCAACGUGAAGUUCGGCAUCCACCCCGUGGCUGGGCGCAUGCCGGGGCAGAUGAACGUGCUGCUCGCGGAGGCCGGCGUCCCCCACGAGUGGGUCCUGGAGAUGGACGAGGUGAACCCCGACAUGGAGAGCAACGACGUCGUGCUCGUCGUGGGCGCCAACGACGUGGUCAACUCGGCGGCGCAGGAGGUGGAGGGCUGCGCCAUCUGGGGCAUGCCCCUCAUCGAGGUCUGGCGCUCCAAGAAGGUCAUCUUCUGCAAGCGCUCUAUGGGCGGCGGCUACGCGGACCUCGACAACCCCGUCUUCUACAAGGAGAACACCGAGAUGCUGCUCGGGGACGCCAAGAAGACCGCCGACUCCCUGGCGGCGAAGGUGCGCGAGUUCCUGGAGCGCGUGUGAUCGCAGGCGCGCGGGCCUCGACACGGCGGUGCCCCCGCGAGGCUGCGCCCGGCGGCCGCGCGGCGGCGAGGGACAGCUUCUCACGACGAGGGGGCCCGCUCGAUCUACGAGCGGCGGCCUUGCGUGAGGGUCGAGAAGUUUUUGUCGUGCCUUAGAAACACUUCUUGCGAAUGGGAUUGUUUCUCUGUGUGCAUUCUUGCACACCAUUUAAACUUGUUGUUUGAAGUUUGAAGUUUCAAGUCGGCUCGCGGUCACAGGAGGAGAAGGUCGGGAGACGAGUUGUCGGCGCCG